UUUGUUGCCUGCACUGUUUUAUUCCGCCAUUACGGUUAGCGCGCAUAAAAUAGCCGGUAUUUAUAAUAUUACAAAAAAAAACAUAAAUAUUUAUCUAUUUGUAGUGAAAACGCAAAGCAUUUAGUUAUGGCUGAUAAUGAAGACUUGGGUUUAGGUGAGGACCACAUAGAUUCAUUUGAUGAAACUAACGGAAUGCACGACGAGGCCUUAUUAAAUGAUACUGACGGUAAUGGUACAGCCGCUGACGAUCCCGAAUUAGAAGCUAUAAAAGCGAGAGUUCGAGAAAUGGAAGAGGAAGCUGAAAAACUGAAACAGUUACAAAGUGAAGUCGAUAAACAGAUGAAUAUGGGUAGUCCUCCAGGUUUGAGUAAGUUUUGUUUAUAUUAUGUAUAUUUCAGAAGUUUUAUUAUUUCGUUUCUAGCGAGUCCUCUAAAUAUGUCGAUAGAGGAGAAAAUGGAAAUUGACAAUCGCAGUAUAUAUGUUGGUAAUGUAGAUUAUGGUGCGACUGCUGAGGAAUUAGAACAACAUUUUCAUGGUUGUGGGUCAAUUAAUAGAGUAACAAUUCUUUGUAAUAAAUAUGAUGGCCAUCCGAAGGGCUUUGCUUAUAUUGAAUUUGGUGAUAGAGACUCAGUACAAACAGCAAUGGCGAUGGACGAAUCACUGUUUCGGGGAAGGCAAAUAAAAGUAAUGCCAAAGAGGACAAACCGUCCAGGAAUUUCCACAACUAACAGGCCACCUAGAGGCAGAGGAACUUUCCGUGGAACAAGAGGAAUAAGUAGAGGAUUUUAUGGUGGAUAUAGACCAAUGCGUCGACCAAGGAGUUAUAGACGAGGCGGAUAUUUCGCACCGUAUUGAUCCCGAUAAAAAGUAAGGAAAAACCUUCUCACCACAUUUUUGUUUUAUACACACACUUAUUAUUUUUCAAGUUUUUAUAAACAAAAAAAAGAGUUUCCUAAAAAAAAAGAGACGUCACGAAAAGAAAAACCAUAGCAGUGAAAAAAGACAAUUACACACACAUUAGUGUGGAAAAUUAUAAAAUAACUUUUUUAUGAGGUUGGAUCAUUAAACCAGUAUGAGUUGUCGAAUGCGUGUUCAGGGUGAUUGGCACUCAAAAGAAUAUUAAAUUAUUUUCAUAUAAAUUGUUAGUUAUUAAUUGUGUGGCAUAUUAUUAGAACUGUGAGUAUGUGGUAAAAUUCAUCAGUUGUAAAGUUAUUUUUUUAUUUGUGGGGAGUAAUUACUUUUAAUGGUAUAACAAGUUUGCAGGUAUCUUCGUCCUGUUUGCAAGAUUUCCGUUUCUUUUUAAUGAUAAUUAGAAAAUAAUCAUGAAAUAAUGUAAAAGUUAAUGUACUGUAAAAUGAUAAUAAAUAAUAAGGAAGUUA